AUGGUUUGUGGGUUGCAGACACAGAUGGGCCGGCUGAAGGGGAACCUGGCGAAGAAGUUCUCGGAGUGGCGCGAGAGCCUGCGGGAGGGGGAGGAGGAGGUGCUGAGCAUGGUGGAUGAGGAGGGUCAGCGCCUGCUGGCCCACAGCUCCCGCUCCUCCCACAUGCUGGACCGCACCAUGGACCUCAUCCAGCAGAUCGACGAGCAGUCCCAGCGCCUGACCCAAGAGGACCCCCUCGACUUCAUCCAGGCCGUGAAAGAACUCCUUUCAAAGGCCUCGGAGGUACAAAAGCAGAAGAUUCCAAUUCACCACAAGGACACGCUGAACAUGAACCUGAUUUCUGACUACACCAAGGAGAGGGUGCAGAACUCCAUGCUCUAUCACUCCGCCAUCACCAGCAUUGUCGGUGAGUGGGCUCGGCUGACCUUGGACCCCAAGACGGCCUACUGGUUCCUGACGGUGUCAGAGGACGCCCGCUCCCUGAGCUUCGGCUACGACCUGCAGCCGUACCCGUCCAACCCCGAGCGCUUCCGCACCCACCGCCAGAUCCUGUGCUGCCAGAGCUUCUCGUCAGGCUACCACACCUGGGUGGUGGAGGCGGAGGGCAUCGCCUGGGGCAUCGGCGUGGCCUACGGCAGCAUCGCCCGAGAAGGCCUGACCUCAGACCUGGCCAACAGCGACAAGGCCUGGUGCGUCCACUUCAGCCACGGCACACUGACCGCCAGCCACUCCGGAGCCCACACCGACAUCAUCAGCGACCCCACAUACAACAGGUUCCAGGUGGAACUGGACUUUGACAUGGGCACUGUCUCAUUCUACCAGGUCAACCACUCCCUCAAGCACCUCCACACCUUCAAGACCACCUUCAGUGAGCCCAUCUUCCCAGCUUUCUCCUGCUUCUACAUCUCAUCCCUCAAGCUCUGUUAAAUCAACCCGUACUUUCAAAUCACCUGUAGUUUAGUGUGCGUGUAGAUAGGAACUGCAGAUGCUGGUAUAUACUGAAGGUAGACACAAGGCGUAACUCAGCGGGUCAGGCAGCGACUCUGGAGAAAAAGGAUGGGUGAUGUUCUUCAGAAGGUUUAGUGUGGUUUAGUUUGGAUAGAUACCUAAUGCUGGAGUAACUCAGCGGGUCAGGCAACGUCACUGGAGAAAAAGGAUGGAUGACGUUUUCAUAGAAACAUAGAAAAUAGGUG